AGACAGCCGGAAGUGUGAUGUGGCUUUGAUUCCCUACAAAAAUGGUAAGUUUGCCUCUAUUAAACGGUGGCUUCUGCUCUUCUACAGCGACUUUCAAGCGUCAUCUGUGACAUGCAUUCGAAAUAUGUCGGCCAUUUUCAACUUCCAGUCACUGUUAACGGUGAUUCUCCUCCUGAUCUGUACCUGUGCCUACAUCAGAGCGCUGGCUCCCAGCCUGCUGGACAAGAACAAGACCGGGCUCCUAGGAAUUUUCUGGAAGUGUGCCAGAAUAGGUGAGCGGAAGAGUCCCUGGGUGGCUUGCUGCUGCGUCAUCAUGGCUUUUAGUAUACUGUUUCUACAGUAGCACUCCAAAGAAAAACCCCAGAUGGAAACAUCGGAGAGAUGAACAGACAAUGAGGCAUGGACAGUACGAUCCUAGAAGCACAAGAGGACCUCCAGUGCUCGUCACUUAGAUAAUGUAAAAACGGAGACCUGUCAUCACAUACCUUAGCCACAGAGGCACAAAAUGUGUGACUGUGUAGGAGAAGGGGGGGAACUGAUAGCCCCAGAGUGUGUCUGAAGCCCUCCACAGACUUCCAGGUCUGUACUUGUGUUUGCUUAUGUGGAAUGUUUACUGUGAAUCUGUGUGUGUGAGCGUGAAUGAUGGUGGGAGAGGGGCUGCUUUGUGGGAUCAAAUGAUUCGUAGUGUGUCUAAACAUUUCAAGCAUUUUUUUCACUUUGAGUUUGUCACAAUAGCAUCAGCUCGUUUAAAAUUCUCCGCAAAGAGGACCCUCAUUAAUGUUCAAGCUGUUAAAGGAGUUACACGGCGACUUAUAUUUGUAACGUCAGUCCUGUGUUUGUUGUAUCUCAUAUUCGACAGCAGACAAAACGGUAUUGUAGCUCUUCAUGCGUCUAGUUGUCCUACACAUUUGCCUGAAAGAGCUUCUGAUCUUUGUAAAGUCAGUCAGAUUGCCGCUAUUUAUUAAAGAGCUGAUCUGAGGCAAAAUUUUUGUUUUUUGUAAAUUAAAUUCAACCUUUCUGACUCGCGUUUUCUGUUGACACCUGCAUAUGCCUGUUGUGACAAUGCCACACUGUGUCAAAAAUGACUUCAGACAAGCAAAAUACAUACUGAUGAUGAAUCUUUUGUCAUUCUUCUCUCCUUAACAACCUAUUUGUGCAUAUUACACAUGAGUUAGAAAGUCUCAUGAGUAGUUGUAGGUUUAAGUGGAUUGUUCUUGGAGUGGGAUAGACAGUGGGGAGGUCACAAUAACCUCGUCUAUAACCUUGCAGUCAACACUCAUCGCACCGCAAACAGCUGUCUGCUGACUGUAUCACAUAACGUGACAUCACCAGAGAUCUGUCUCUGUAGAUGAAUAAAGCUCAUAAGAAUUGA